AUGUCCGCGUUCUCAGCCGCGCAGCAGCAGCGCGCCACGGCGCUCUACCGCUCGCUGCUCCGCACGACGCGUGCGCUCUUUGCGGGCGAUGCGCAUGCGACCCAGGCAGCGUACGACGAAACACGGCGCAAGUUCCUCGAAGCGCGCACGGAGCGCGAUGCGCAAAAAAUUGACGAGGGCCUCGAGAUGGGCGAGCAGAUCGUCUAUUUGCUGAAGCACAAUGUCGUGCAAGGCGUUGACGAGGACCAGUCGCAAAGAUACAAGCUGCGGUUUACCAAGGAUACCGAGCUCGGCUCGAACGACAGCAUCAAGGUGCGCCCGGCGCCGUCGCUCGCCGAGAUCAAAAAAUCGCGGGGAUCGCGCACGUCGUGUGCGGGGCUGCACACCGCCGCGCGGCCGCAGGUGCGUGCGUACUCGACACGCGCACGCGACGAGAAGCUGCCCCGCCCGGUGCCGCAGUUUCCGCAGCGCGUGCUGCUCGCCGACGGCUCGUCGAUCCAGCUGACCACGACGUCGCCCCGCCACCUCACGCGCCUGACGCGCGACUAUACGAACCACCCGCUGUGGAACCCGACGAUGGGCCACCGCACGGAUGCUGAUACGGAGGACGACACCGGCCGCCUCGGCCGCUUCCGCCGCCGCUUUGCGGAGGAGGCCGCGCAGGCGCAGCAGUCCAUCUCGUUCGACGAGGGCGACCUCGACUGGAUGAGUGGUGGCCGCGAGGCGCGCGAGGGCACGCCGAUGGUUACCAAGAAGGCCAAGGGCAAGGGCCGCAAAUAA